AUGGAGCACAGCGACGGGGAGAUCGCCGUGCAACGCAGGCUUCCGGCCUGCGAGGACCGCCUCAGCGCACUUCCCGCGGACAUUCUGAUCCACAUCCUCCUCAAGCUCCACGACGCCGCCGCCGCCGCUCGGACCAGCGUCCUCUCGCGCCACUGGCGCCGCCUCUGGGCGCUGCUCCCGGAGCUCUGCUUCCACCCCGCCACCGGUCCCCAGGGCAUCCUCGCCGCCGUCGAGUCCCUCGAAGCGCCGGUGCUCCGCCGCCUCGCCGUCCAGGUCAUCGACGUCACCCCCGACUCCGUGGCGGCCUGGCUUCCCGUCGCCGCGGCCCGCCUCUCCGGCGAUCUACAGCUCACCAACGAGAUAUGGCAGGAGGAUUGGGAGGUCGAGGCCGCGGAAGGAGGCGCCCUUGAGCUACCCUGCUUCGAGAAUGCCACCGCCAUCUGCCUCGACCUAGGGUAUCUCGCCCUCGCCGUGCCGCCUCUCGGCGUCUUCGCACGGCUCACCGAUCUCUUCCUGGCCUGCGUCGAUCUGCGUGGCCCGUGCCUGCUCGGUGAUGCCGUCUCCUCGCCACGCUGCCCGGCCUUACGGAAGCUCACCGGAGAGGGCGCCCUUGGCCUGGGCAGCUUCACCAUUCUCUCCAAGUCUCUCUUGCAAAUCCAGCUCAUGAAUCUGUUUGGGAUGCAGCAGCUCACUGUUUUUGCGCCCGCGCUCCAGGUGUUAAACGUGAGGCAAUGCUUUGCUCAUCGUUCGACUUAUAAGACUUAUAAUACACCGGUUGCAAACAUCUCUGCCCCUCAGCUCACGACCCUCAAUUGGAACGAGCCCUAUGAUCCAAGCUUCACACAGUUUGGCAACAUGGAAAAUCUAAGGUGGCUGGCCACAUACCCUUUAUUUGUAUAUGGACAUGAUUCCCAUAGACUACCAAAUAGCUCCUGUUUGAGGCUAAUACGGCGCUUUCAGCUCAUCCAAAGUCUCCGGCUCAUGCUUGUCUAUCGGCUGUUAUCCUUUUGUGACUUCCCAUGGAUCUACACCGAGAAAUUACUAACCAUCAGAAAUGAUCCAUUAUUGUGUCUUCGCACGACUCUACACCAGGUCAUUAAUGACAAGCACUACAUGAUGGAAGACAUUACAACGCUCCCGGACAUUACACGCCUGGCCCUGGAUAUAAACCCAAGAGGACAUUCCUUUGGAGCCAGUGUGUUUCAUUUCCUCAGGAUGUGUACUGGUGUAAGAAAGGUGCUACUUACAGUAAGGGGAGCAACUAGCCAUGCCGAGGCACAAACUGCAUGCCCAUCAGGUUGUGUUUGCGAUCAGCCACCAAACUGGAAGACACAGGAACUGACACUGAAUUGCCUCCAAGAAGUAGCAAUCUAUGAACUGCGAGGAACUGUACAUGAAGCUGCUCUUGUGAAAAGGUUAUUUGAUUGGGCAACAGUGCUAGAAAAAAUGACAAUAGCUUUUCAUGGCUCUGUCUCUGAAAGCAAGGCCAGGGAGUUUUUCCAGAUGCUUCAAAGCUUUUCAAGGCCAGAAAUCUGUAUGAAGGGGCCCCACUUCACCUAAUGUAUUCGUUAACGACGUUAGCCAUGGACAGCUAGCAUGUUCUACAGACUCAAGUCACCAGCUUGGCAUUUAAUUAUCAACCGCUGGUGGUCGUUUUGUAGUUCUCUUAUCUCAUGUCAGUAUCAGUUGCACCCUUUGUUUACAUCAGAAUCUGAAAGAUCAUGCUUUAAUUAUCAACUGCAUUGUUUGCCACACUACCUUAUAUAUAUUUUGCACGGUGUACCAGACUGUUCAUACA